AUGUUCCUUGUUCUUUUUCUCUGUUUUUGUUUGACUGCUAGACUCACGGUUUCAUCUUCUCUCCAGAUUGUGGACAAGCGUCUGGACUGCAGUCAACCGGGUCUUGACCACUGCAAAAUGAAUAACUGCUCAGACAAACAUGAGGUUGUGCACGCACUUUCGGCUCCUACUGGCCCUGACUGGGGUUCAGGACAUGUGGGCAUUAUGAUGGACAAACACAGGCCUGUUUCUAUUCUGAACGUGACGUGGAUAAUACGGUCAGAUGCAUCUAUAUUAAAACUGCAGGGAUCAGAGAUAAAUAUUCUGGAUAAAACUACAAAUCAAAGUAUGUGUGUGCAGUUUUCUUACAAUACCCCUCAACAGAUGAAUCUGGUAUCCAAUAAAAGGUGGACGUUUUCAUUGGAUGGAGUUGUGGUUGAGCCUGGACAUACAUAUAUGGUGUCAAUUUUCAAUUUUCCACAAGCUAAGAUUCGGCAUGACAUGAUCAACAAAGAAAUUACCAUCCCAGGAUGUGAUGACGAGAGAAUCCGAAAGGCCCAGAUGUGUUUGGAAAAUGGUAGUCUUUGGGACCCUAACAUGACUGUGUCUGUGUCAGUUGAUAAUGAACAUAAAAUGUCUGUUGUUGUGGGUUUUAAGGCAGCAAAAUAUUCAGAGAAAUACCAAGUCUCCAUUCAGGGUCAAGGUUUCAAUUGCUCAGAGAAGGUCUCAAAGGAGAACACAACUUCACAGAAUGUGACCUUUGAGUUGGGUUUAUUGCAGCUGUCACAGUGCAAAAUGGUGUUAAUGAUUCAGCCAUUUUUUAUACGAUGCAAGAAUGACUGUUUGCGUCUAGAGAAAACCUUUGAUUGUCCAAGUUAUCCAAAACGGACUCUAAUUAUAAAAGCAACUGUGGGACUGUUGGUGUUUGGAGUUUGUCUUGCUUUUUGGCUGUGGAGUGCAUCUCAUAAAGAUCCUGUAACCACUACCACCUCUACUGCCAAAGAGCAACCUGAAUGCCUUCAAGUGAAAGACAGAAAAAGAGUUCUCAUCAUCUACUCACUUGACCACCCUUUAUACAAGAUCGUUGUUCUCAAGCUUUGUGCCUUCCUGGCGAACACAUGUGGUAUUGAGGUGGUCCUGGAUCUGCUGGACUCUACCAGACUGGGAGUACUGGGCAGUAUUCAGUGGCUGGACUGGCACAGAGCACAAAUAGGAAGCUCUUCAGAUAAAAUACUGAUCCUGUGCUCACGAGGAGUACAUGCCAAAUGGAGAGCCAUGUGUGGUGAUAAAAAGGUUUUUCUGAGAGAGGAUGUGUGCUCAUCAGUCGGCGACAUGCUCACUCCAGCUCUCAGCCUCAUGGUCCCCCAUUUUGUCCAAUCUGCGUCAUUUGAAAAGUACAUAGUGGCUUACUUUGGUGAUGUUUGUUCUGAAGAGGAUGUCCCUUCACCUUUCAAAAUUACAGUUCGAUACAAACUAAUGAAACAGUUUGAGGAGCUCUUUUUCAGAAUCCUGGACAUUGAAAAACAUGAACCAGGCCGAGUGAAUCACAUCGAUGGGCUCGCAGAGGAUGAGUAUUAUCACUGCCCCUCAGGUAGAGCCUUGCGGGAUGCUAUAGAGGCCUUCCAGGCAUACCAGCUGGCUCAUCCACAGUGGUUUGAAGAGGAAUUACUGGAAAACUCAGAGUUGGAGGUCAAAGAGACCUCAGCUGAGAUCUACGAGGACACAAAAACAACCACGAACCCCAUUACAUUUUCUGUACCUGACCCAACUCAUGUCGUCAGUUAUUUAAAGACACAAGAAAGUGAUUUUACUGUCGACAGAAUACGACUUCACAUGGCUGAACAGCUCCAAAUGUCCACCUGAGUUCAGUUCAACCCCCAUAUUGUUGAGAACAUGCAGCCAG